CUUUUCACUCGAAAAUCAUAUAGUAAGUUGGGAGACCGUUGUACUUGUUUCAAAUCAUCAUUUCGGCCCCUGUUAUCUCGACUUUGUUAACUGAAUACUUAAACUCAUUAAAACUCGGGAUCUUAAACCCUUUUUCCUUUCUAAUCAUUUGUGAUGAUAAUCCUCUCAGCAAUCAGAAUCUUGAAAUUUUCAACCAAAACCCAUCGUCUUUACACUUCUUCAGCUGCUAAUUUCACUGAUUUGCUUCGGCUUUCCAUUGAAUCUCAAUCUCUAAAAGAUACACAAAAAGUACACGCCAAAAUCCUUCACCUUGGACUUGAUCAAAACUCUGAUAUAGCAACUAAACUCGUCUCUGCAUACUUUGCUUGCCAAAAUCCACUUGAUUCUCAGCUUGUUUUUGACACUUUUGAACACAAAAGUGAGUAUCUUUGGAACAUAUUGAUUAAUGGGUAUGCAAAAAGUAAGCUAUUUGGGAAAAGUAUUAAACUUUUUAAUCAAAUGUGUAAAACUGAGGUCACCCCUGAUGAGUUUACUUUUUCGGGUAUAGUGAAAAUUUUGGGUGAAGUAGGGGAUGUUGUUUCUGGGGAAGUUGUUCAUGGGAGGUGUGUGAGAAAUGGGGUUGUUUUAGAUACUGUUGUUGCUAAUUCUUUCAUGGCUAUGUAUGGCAAAUGUGGGGUUUUUCAAGAUUCACUGAAGGUGUUUGAUGAAAUGCCGCAAAGGAAUAUUUCAUCUUUUAAUGUUAUAAUUUCAGGGUAUAUGGGUGUAAAAGAGAAAAUUUUGGAUGGAAAAUUGUGGGAUUUUGUGAAGGAUAUGCUAUAUGAAGGUUGGAAGUUUGAUGGGUUUACGGUUUCCACACUUCUUUCUUUGUGUGGAGAGGUGAAGAAGAACUGGAACUAUGGAAAAGAGCUGCAUUGCUAUGUUGUGAAAGCUGGAUUGGAGUCAGAUUUAGUUGUUUCUUCUGAUGUUCAUUUGGAAUGUUGCUUGAUUGAUAUGUAUUCAAAAGGUUUCAGGGUUGAAUUGGGGAGGCGGGUUUUCGAUAGGUUAAAGUGUAGAAAUGUUUUUGCUUGGACAGCAAUGAUCAAUGGCUAUGUGCUGAAUGGAGAUUUUGAUGAAGCUUUGCUACUCUUUAAAGCCAUGCAAGUGGAAAGUGUAGAACCCAAUAAGGUUUCGCUUAUUAGUAUCAUACCAGCUUGUUGCUCAUUUGAUCGUUUGAAAGGUGGAAAACAGAUUCAUGCAUUUUCAACUAGGAGAGGGUUGAAUCAUGAAGUGUCUCUAUGUAAUGCUUUAAUCGAUAUGUAUUCUAAGUCGGGAUCCUUGAGCUGUGCACGAAGAGUCUUUGAAUAUGAUUGUGUUACUAAGGAUGCUAUAUCGUGGAGUUCAAUGAUUUCUGCUUACUCCUUACAUGGGAAUGGUCAGGGUGCUAUCGUUUUGUAUGAGAAAAUGCUUCAACAUGGGAUGAGACCAGAUAGGAUUACGGUUGUUGGGGUUCUCUCUGCUUGUGCUAGGUCAGGAUUGGUAGACGAGGGCAUCCGGAUAUAUAGUUCUGCUGUAAAUAAGUACGAUUUAGAACCAACUUUGGAGAUAUGUGCAUGCAUUGUGGAUAUGUUAGGUAAAGCAGGCCAAUUUGAUAGAGCAUUGGAUUUCAUCAAGACCAUGCCUAUGCAACCUGGUCCUAGUAUUUGGGGUGCACUUGUGAAUGCCUCAGCAAUCCAUGGGAAUAGUGAGGUACACGAUUUAGCGUAUAGGUUUCUUAUUCAGAUGGAACCCGAGAACCCCUCCAAUUAUGUGUCUCUUUCAAAUUUGUAUGCUUCUUCAAAGAGAUGGGAUGUCGUUGCUCAAGUGAGAACAAUGAUGAAAGAUAAAGGGCUGAAGAAGUUCCCCGGUUGUAGUUGGAUUAGCGUUAAUACUGAAACUCAUAGCUUUUACGUUGCUGACAAAUCUCAUCCAUGUUCUGUUGUGAUUUAUGAGAUGCUAGAUCAACUCAUCUUAGCAAUGAGACAAGAUGAUAAUGGUGUUGGCUUUGAAGAAACUGUGAAGGUUUAUGAAUGAUCAAGUUACAAUAGUUCGAAAGCAAAUUUGUAUACGCAAUUUCUUCCUGGAAGGAUCAUUGCGCUUGAGCUAACAUGACCAAUCAAGAGCCUUUUUUGAUGCAUCUCUCCCUCCAGCCUACUCCAAUUAGGCUGUGUAGUUAUGCUAGCUAUCAUGAAGAGCUGAUGGAAGUAAACUGAAUUAGUGCUGAACAAUAAUUAGUGCCAAGUGUUAACACACCACCCUAAGAUGACCUUUUUUUCAGUACAUCAGGGCGAAGGCACGAAGGUACAGCGAUGCAGCCUAGACUGGUCUAAGGAGGAGUGGGACAGUGAAAGCUGCUGCAAGGACCAAGGAGAGGGAUGUUGGUGAAAAAAAGAAGUUGAGUUCAAGUUUGGAGCAUUGUGGGGCAAGGAGGAGCAUAUAGGAAUGCCAUCCACCACAUAAGCCCGCUGGUAACAGAGAAAAAACGAGCAACACCUUGUAUAGGUUGCACGAAGCUUAAAGAAGUGCAAGCCUGUCUUCUUACAGGAAAUCAAAGAGAAAAACGUCCGCCUUGUCACAGCUGAAGACCCAAGAGACCAACCUAGUAAGAGGCUCUAUACUCUGGAGUCCAAAAAGAGCUCUGGUUUGCAAAAGUAUACAGGCCAUUCUAAGGAAAUGCUGUUGAUUUUCUUAAUUCAUACUUUCCCUUUUUCCCAUUAACCUUGUAACAGUCAGUAUCCUAGAAGUUUAUGAGAGUUUGAAUUUUUAGAAUCUACUGAAACUUAAGGGAGAAACACUCAUGCACUGAAUAUGAUGGAGAAGUAGCU